UCAUUGCUGUUGCCUUCGAUCUGAGAGCUGGAGCCAAAUGGGAUCUGCUGCCACCUAGGGCUGGGAGCCCGGCUCGCUCGGGUAAAAAAUUCCACUCCCCGCCCGGACCCAGCCCUUUAGGAGGAGACAGAGCGAGACAGAGACCGCGGCCGCGGCUGCAGGAUGCAGGCUCCAUGGGACUGCUCUGGUUCCUGUCCUUCCUGCAUUCCGCCUUCUUUGGGGAUGAGGCGCUGGAGGAGCUGAAGAUGUCUGGCUCCAUAGCAUCCUAUGACCAGCUGGUGCGGCAGGUGGAGGCGCUGAAGAAGGAGAACACCCAUCUGCGCAGGGAGCUGGAGGACAACUCCAGCCACCUCUCCAAGCUAGAGAAUGAGACCUCGGACAUGAAGGAAGUCCUGAAGCACCUUCAGGGCAAACUGGAGCAAGAGGCCCGAGUCAUGGUGUCCUCCGGACAGACAGAGGUUCUGGACCAGCUGAAAGCUCUGCAGAUGGACAUCACCAGCCUCUACAACCUGAAGUUCCAGCCUCCCGCCCUGGUGCCCGAGCUUGCCUGCCCCGAGGGCAGCCCCGUGCACUCAGCCGCUCCCCAGAAGAAGGACAGCAUGGGGGAGCUGAGUCGAGCCACCAUCAGGCUGCUGGAGGAGCUGGACAGAGAGAGGUGUUUCCUGCUGAGCGAGAUUGAGAAGGAGGAGAAGGAGAAGCUCUGGUACUACACGCAGCUGCAGAGCCUCUCCACGCGCCUGGACGAGCUACCUCAUGUGGAUUAUGAGAUGCACAAAAUGGCCAGCGAUCCUCUGAACCUGGCGCUGAGGAGAUACGCGGGCAUGGCGCUGACCAACCUCACCUUUGGGGAUGUGGUGAACAAGGCGACUCUGUCCUCCCGCCGGGGCUGCAUGCAGGCCAUUGUGGCCCAGCUGGCCUCCGAGAGCGAGGAGCUGCACCAGGUGGUCUCCAGCAUCCUGCGGAACCUCUCCUGGAGGGCAGACAUCAACAGCAAGAAGACCCUGCGCGAGGUGGGCAGCGUGACCGGCCUGAUGCAGUGCGCCCUGCGCGCCACCAAGGAAUCCACCCUGAAGAGUGUCCUCAGCGCCCUGUGGAACCUGUCCGCUCACAGCACCGAGAACAAAGCCGCCAUCUGCCUGGUGCAGGGCGCCCUGGGCUUCCUGGUGAGCACCCUCACCUACAAGUGCCAGAGCAACUCGCUGGCCAUCAUUGAGAGCGGAGGCGGCAUCCUGAGGAACGUGUCCAGCCUGAUCGCCACCCGGGAGGAUUACAGGCAAGUGCUCCGGGACCACAACUGCCUGCAGACCCUGCUGCAGCACCUCAAAUCCCACAGCCUCACCAUCGUCAGCAACGCCUGCGGGACCCUCUGGAACCUCUCCGCCCGGAGCCCCAAAGACCAGGAGCUGCUGUGGGACCUGGGGGCCGUCAGCAUGCUGCGCAACCUCAUCCACUCCAAGCACAAGAUGAUCGCCAUGGGCAGCGCCGCCGCCCUCCGGAACCUGCUCACCAACCGACCCCUCAAGUACAAGGACACCGCCGUCAUCUCCCCGGGCUCCUGCAUGCCCUCGCUCUACGUGAGGAAGCAGAAGGCGCUGGAGGCCGAGCUGGAUGCGAAGCACCUGGCGGAGGCCUUCGACACCAUGGAGAAGCAGAGCCUCAAGAAGCCCCUGAGGCACAUGGACAGCCUGGCGAAGGACUACGCCUCCGACUCCGGCUGCUUCGACGACGACGAGGUGCCCAACGUCUCGGCGGGGGCGGAGACCGGGAAUGCCUCCAUCCUCUCCAUGUUCCUCAACUCCUCCUUCCUCCAGGGCCAGGCCUUGCCCAGGGCCAUCGCCCAGCGGAGGGGCCCGGAGCCCGAGAAGGACGAGAGCAGCAAGCCGGCCGAGCCCAAGAAGCUGCCGUUGCCCGAGGAUGAGGUGUCGCUGGCGGCCGAGAAGCUGGCCAACAAGAUCUCCACCACGGUGGCCAAGAUCGACAAGCUGGUGGAGGACAUCUCCACCCUCCACACCUCCUCGGACGACAGCUUCAGCCUGAGCUCGGAGGACCACUGCCUUGACUGGCAGUACGGCUCUGAUGAGGUCCACGAGGCCCGGGCCCAGUCCUGCUCCCCGUGCCGCCUCUCGGAUGCCAGCAGCUUCGUGAAGCGGGAGAACCUGAGCCGGGCCCACACCCUGCUGAGGCUGAAGAAGGCUUACACCAGCUUGUCCAACGACAGCCUGAACAGCGGCAGCACCAGUGACGGCUAUUGCACCAAGGAUCACAUGAAGCCCUGCACCAGGGCCUCCUUCCUAGAUUACAAGGAGGAGCUGCAGAGAUACCAGAAGCGGCCCAGCAGGCUGGAUCUGAAGAACAUCCUCGUCCACAGGCCUGAGAGGAUGGAGCAGCCGGGGGUCAAGGUCAAAGAGUCUGGCGAGCCGGAGAAACUGGAUCCGAGAGACAUGCAUGACAGGGCUAAGAAAGCGGUGACGUUCCCCAGCCCCAACGCCCCUGAGAAGGAGCCUGAGUGGAAGAAGGAGCCGGGUAAUGAGCUUUCUCCCGACCCUCAGGUCCACACCAUCAAACUCUCCCCUUCUUACCAGCAUGUCCCCCUGCUGGAGAACCUGGCCAAGAGCAGCCCGGCCCCUGGCGCCGUGGGGCUCUCGAGUGCUAGUUACCACCCAAUUCUCCCAGGCCGGAAGCAAGCCUGGCUCCCCACGGGGCUUCUCCAGACGGCCGAGAACUUGAGCAAAAUCCCAGAGAAGCUGACUGCCCACACGCCAGCCCCGGUGGAGCAGGAGUCAGUCCAGAAGUACGCGGUGGAGGACACCCCCAUUUGUUUCUCCCGGUGCAGCUCCCUCUCUUCUCUCUCCUCCGCUGACAACGUGCUGGACGGGCAGAGUCACAGCGAGAACGAGGCGGACAGCGACUCCUCCCUGGAGAUCAUCGAGGUGGAGGAGGGCGCCGAGGCCGAAGGUGACGUGGAGCAAGCCGAGGCCUGCGAUGGGAGACAGGAGAAGAUGAAGGCGGCGGAUCUGGGCCCAGCCACGCCAGGAGGGAUCUCCCAACCCAUCGCCAUCCCCUUGCAGAAGCGCGACAAGAUCUUCCUGAGGGAAUCGUCCCCAUCCCGGCACGAGGACCUGACCCCGUCCAGCUCCUCGGAGAACUACAUUCAGGAGACUCCUCUGGUGAUGAGUCGGUGUAGCUCGGUCAGCUCCCUGGGCAGCUUUGAAAGCCCAUCCAUUGCCAGCUCCAUCCAGAGCGACCCCUGUAGUGAGAUGAUCAGUGGCACCAUCAGCCCGAGUGAGCUGCCGGACAGCCCCGGUCAGACCAUGCCCCCAAGCCGCAGCAAGACGCCCCUGUUCGAACUGGGAUCCCAGCCGGAGAAGGAGACCAGCCAGUUCAACAUCCAGUGGGAAAACAACGUCAAGAAGUUCAUGGAGAUCACGGAUUUCAAGGAGCGUUUCCAGCUGCCCCAAGACCUGGACUCCAUGAUCUACUUCACGGUGGAGAAACCCAACGAGAACUUCUCCUGCGCCUCCAGCCUAAGUGCCCUGCCCCUUCACGAGCACUACAUCCAGAAGGACGUGGAGUUGAAGCUUAUGCCGCCUUUCCCCGAGAGGAACAGCCUGAAUUUCGUGGCACACGAGAAGCAGGAGGACAGGCGGGAAGAGAGAUUCGGGGAGGGCAAGAGGAAGCUGGAGCAUCCAGAGCUCAACUCAGACGAUGAUAUCGAGAUCCUGAAGGAAUGCAUCAACUCGGCCAUGCCUUCACGCUUCAGGAAGGUCAAGACCUCCCUUGUCUCCAGCUUGCCCAGCCAGGUCUUGAAUCCUCAGACCAAAAAGGCUCUGCACAUGCCGGUCUACAUGCUGGUGCCCACCCAUUCGCACCGGGGCGUCCCCAAACACCUGCGACCUGCCGCCCGGGACCUCUUCAAGGAUGACGACUCCUUCACCGACUCCGCAGAAGGCACUCCCAUCAACUUCUCCAGCGCCGCUUCCCUGAGCGACGAGACCCUCCAGUACCCGCUGAAGGAGGAGGUUGACCACAAGCGCGGCCCCGGGAAGAGGCUGGAGAGGAAGGAAGUGGCGGGGCCACCGGUGGGGCGCAAUAUGGAAGCACACCGUGAGCAAGGGAGCUUGAGUCCCGCGCCAGGCAGGAAAGCAGCUUCCAACUCCUCGACGCCCACCAAGAUGAGUACGGCCUACCAGCAGAAGGGCGGGUCGAGACAUGGCAGCCCUGUCCAGACAGGCAGGGGCCAAGCAGCUGAGGUGAAGAGAGGGCUACCUCCCCUGAAGAAUGGACCCAACCUGGAGCUGGACUUUGGCAGGGUGGGGGUCCACCCGGAGGGUGUCCCCCUCAGGAAGGGUGCUCCCUGUGAGGACAGUGCUCCUGGGGGUAUGGCCUUUCAGUCCCUGUGCCACACCACGCCGACCGAGGAGGCCGUCUACUGCUUCUAUGAGAACGACUCCGACGACCUGCUGGAGGUGCGGAGAGACUCGCCUAAGAGGAAGGCCAGCCCUGCCCAGGCUCAGAAGAAGGAACGCUGGAGCGGCACCGCCCCUAAGAAGGAGCCGGAGCAAAGCUCCAGGCAGCUGCUGCAGGCCAAAACCAAGAUGGCCGCCAAACUCCACAACAACCUCAUCGUGGACGAGACGCCGCCCUGCUAUUCCCUCAGCUCCUCCAUGAGCUCCCUGAGUGACAUCGACCUCUGUGACCACGAGGAGCGGACAACCCUGUACAAGGCCAACAGGCAGCUGACCCUUAGCCGGAUGCAAGAGAGCGCAGCCUCUAGGGCCUUAGCCAGAGAGAGGGACAGCUCCCCCAGCUCCCUGAGCUUCACCUCGGACGACGACCUGCUGCAGAAGUGCAUCGGCUCCGCCUUGCCCAGGAGGAGGCGGCACUCCGCUCGGCGCAGGAACGCCGAGCACAAGCAGAAGCUAAAAGGUGCCAACCCCAAGAGCGCCGCUGGCAAGGAACGGAAGCCGGAGCCAAGGCACAACCCAGCGGACGAGAUGGUGUCGGACAAAGGCUCGGACCUGGACAGCGUCGAGUGGAAGGCCAUCCAAGAAGGCGCCAACUCCAUCGUCACGUGGCUGCAUCAGGCCGCAGCAUCCCUCUCCAGGGAGCCUUCCUCGGAGUCUGACUCCAUCCUCUCCUUCGUGUCAGGGCUGUCUGUCGGCCCCACCCUGCAGCUGUCCCUGGACAGGAAAGAUAAGAAGCGGGCUAGGAGUGGGGUAGGCCGUGAGGUGGAGAAGAGAGACCAUGCGAUGGUCUUUCAGGAGAGCAAGAAAGUGAUGGACGCCGGGGGCAGAAAUGCCAGGGCGGAGAAAAAUGUAAGCCGGCAGAAGCCAAUGUCGAACUUGCCAGUGGUCUUCCGAGGCAGGACAGUGAUCUACGUGCCCAGCGCAGUGAAGGACUCCCCGAGCCCCAGGUCCACCCCACAGAAAACAGCCACAACUAAGCCCGAAGCCACCAUCCAAAACCUCACCCUGAGUCAGCAGAGGUCACGAAGUCUUCACAGGCUGGGGAAGGCCUCGGAGAUGGCCGACCUCACCUUGCCCAAGAGGAGCGCCACCCCUCCUGCCAGGAUCACCAAGCCCCCCUCCUCGGGCUCCUCUAGGACCUCCACCCCCUCCCAGCCCACCCAGAAGAAGUUAACAUCGCCCUCCCAGCUCAACAAGCAGCUGCCGUCUCAAGGGGUGAAGGUGGGCAGGAGCUCCCCAACAGGCUCUGCCCCCAAAGCGCCCCCCCAGAAAUCCCCAGCCACCAAGCAGCACAAGACCCAGAAAUCCCCCGUACGCAUCCCCUUCAUGCAGAAGCCAAACAAGAAGAUGCUGCCAGCCAGGAGCUCCAUGCCGGUGCUGGAAGAGCACGUGGGCAGCCCUAAGUUGAAAGGCCAUGGGAAGGGCAUCCUACCGACUGCCCGGCUCAAUUUGGUGCGGAUGUCCUCGGCCAGGUCCAGCGGCAGCGAGUCGGACCGGUCCGGCUUCCUGAGGCAGCUCACCUUCAUCAAGGAGUCCUCUAGCCUCAUCAUGAGGCACCGCUCUGAGCUCUCCUCCUGCGAGUCCAUGUCCUCACUGUCUCAGAGCGCUUCCCCCAAGAGGAGCAGGCCAGGCCUCCCAGCUGUGUUCCUGUGUUCCUCCAGGUGCGAAGAACUCAAGGUGACCAAGCCGGUGGUGACCAGCCAGAGGCCAGUCAUCUCAAGGACCCCGGCCAACAACAAAACUUCUCCCAGCGAGAGGCCUCCUCGGAGGACCAGCUCUGAGAGCCCUUCCCGGCUGCCUGUGAAGACCAACACCCCCUCGCCCGAGCCCUUCAAGAGGUAUUCCUCCUCCCCCAACAUCAGCAUCAUCAAGAGGACCAGCAGCCCCUCCUCCGUCCUGUCCUCUUGCUCCGAGUCGUCAGCCAGGAGAAGGAAGAGCCAAGAGGCCUCCAAGCUGACCCCGAAUCCUGCAGUGGGGAACCCGGGGCAGCAGGACAAGCAGCAGAUGGCGAUGAUGAAGGGUACUUGGAGAAGGAUCCGAGAUGAAGACAUCCCACACAUCCUCAAAAGCACCCUGCCUUCCUCAGCCCUGCCUCUGGUCAGCACCCUGGAGGAGGAGACCCCCAAAGCUCAGAUCCCCAUCCAGAGGAAAACCAGUGAUGCUGUGGUGCAAACUGAGGACUACCCCACCACCAAGACCAACUCCAGCACCUCUCCAACGCUGGAGACCCGAGAGAUGCCCAAGAGCGAGACAGAGUGCCUGACUUCGAUCAAGGGCACUGUGCCCAUCUCCUUCGGCCACGAAGGGCCGACUGGCUCUGUUGGGAGCUUCCCCUCCAGCAGGCACAGCUCUCCCAGUAGAUCCGCCCGGGUGACUCCCUUCAACUACGUUCCCAGCCCCAUGGUAGCACCAAUGAUCAACAACAAAUCGCUUGAAAAAAUGCCAGCUUAAGCCGCUAUUGCAAAUGCAAAGAACACCUCAACUUUGGUGAUAGUGUAUUAAGAAACGAACAAAGCCCCGGGCACUCUCCCUACUGCACCGCCCUAAGGACAAAACUCUUGUUCAUAAAGAGACAGAAGCAGCAGCGUUUUUGUUUUCUCGAGCUUAACAAACCAAGGAGGAACUUUUGCGUUGAUGUAACUGUUGGCCAGGAGGGUUGUGACAAUUUUGAUUGAGACACACAUGAAACACCUGGAGAAAAGCAAGUAUUUAUUCCUUUACUCUCUCCGCCCUUUCUUUUUUGUUUAAUGGAGCUUUGGACGUUUUACCGUCGGGCACUGGGAAAGAACCAGGUAACUGCCCACCCCUAUCCCCCGACAUCUGUGUUCUGCUGAUGGCUGUGCCAGUGUCUUCUCUGCGAUGUCUGAUCACCAUACACUCUAGUUUAAGGAGAGGGAUUUUUAUCCGUGGAGUCUAGAUGGCCACAGGUGUCCUGCAUGAAGGGAUGGACUUUUGCAGUGAAGCCUAUGGGAUGUCUUGAUGGCCUCACAGUUCACCGUUGUUGAAGAACUUUGAAGCAGCAAUCAGCCAACUUCCCCCCUAGACAGUCCAAUGCCAGGAGGGGCUGUAGGCCCAUUUUCUCCACGCUUUCAUUGAAGCACACUUGGGAUUUUCGAUCUGAGGACAACCAACAGCGGUCGUUGAUUCACUGGGGUCUCUCUAAGUUUUCUCAGGAGGUCGAGAUUUCAAAGGGAACUGGGAUUGCUGCUCUUUCUAGUUAAAAAAACAAACAAACCCAACCACCAAGAAUGCUUCAAGCAAAAGCCUUAAUCUUAGGUCUCAGCUGCAUGCUUUGUCUCACAUGUCGGCACUAAUAUCUAUGUAUCCAAAUAAUCUCAGCUAAUUUAUAGAAACACCUUCAGAAACCCACCCAUGGACCAAAAGCAGAGCGGGAGAGGGGUGGGGUGAGGGGAUCUGGGGAGGAUUCCACAAUGGGGAACAGAAGAAGGGCAGAACCUCCCCGUUACGGAACCAGCCAUUUGCGCAGCACGAGGCCUGUAAUUAUGGUGACUGGUUAAUCUGCUAAUGACUAACUUGCUGGGAUUGUGUUUGCGUUGGGUGUCACCCAGUGUCUGGGGGGAGCAGAACAGCACCUUAUUAUCGCCAAGGGAGGAGGGUUGUUAUGGAAACACUUCUCACGGCACAUGGGGGAACGCCAAGGAGCUGGGGUGAGGAAAGGCCAUUUUUGUUUUUUCAGCGGGUGAGGGGACGGGUCUGGGCGGCAGAGGCUGCUUUAUGCCGUUCAUCCUCUUUAUAAACUCAGCCCCACUAUGCAGGCUUUGCGCUAAAGGUGGGGCCAGAGGCGAUGUCUAAUGAGCUUCAGGGCCUCCCUUUGGUAGUUAGUCCAGUUUGCUCUCCAACACCUCCCAGACAAGGGAUGGGAGUCGCAGGCUCGGUGGGAUGUGAGGAAAGGAGCGAGGUCCGUACCAGUGCCCCUUGAUCUUGGCCUCUGAGGCAGAGUUGCUCAUUGGGUGCCUAAUUCCAUAGGCAUGGAGUGGAAAUCUCUCCUUAAAAAUAUGGUCCUGAUUCUCGUGGUUUAACACCAGCAUCGCACCAUUGAGGUCAGUGGCAGGGGAAUGACUUCCUGAUUUGCAAACGGGAAACAGGAGGCAGAGAGAAAGAGGCACGUCUCUCUCUCUCCAUCCUCCCUCCUGCUCCCAAAGAUACUGUGCUUUAUAGGUACUCUGGGACUUGGGACUCCUUGUUUGUUUCAGGGCCUUGCCUGAUCAGAAGCAGAGGGGGUUGCCUACCACAUGUUUGGGCUUUGUUGUUACAGGUUUUGUCCAGCAUGGUCAGAUUUGGCUUUGAUUAAUCUUGCAAAGCUCGGAGGGGAACUGCCGACGUGGCUUCCUAGGCUCAGGAGGGCCAGUUGUAGGGGCGGGGGGCGAAGUGGUAUUUUAAAAGAUGCGUUCUGAGGGUGUCCGUUUGGCCAGUGCCCGCUCUCUGUCAAGUGUUCUGAAUUAAUCAGAAUGCCAGAUUUUGUAUUUAAAUCUGCUGAAUGAGAAUUGUAGGGUAGGUUCCAAAGGAAUAGACGUUUGCAGGCCGCCCAGCUCCCUUCGCAGCAGCGAUGACAACGUGCAGGGGCUUUAUGACAGAGGCAGGUGUUCUUACCAGGUCAUGGCUCGAUUCCCAGGUGGGCUAUUCCAGUCCACCUCCCUAGAACUUAUCCAAGCGUUCUUGAUUUCAAGGGCAUACUUGAUUUCCACAGCUGGCAGCGUUGCUGUGUGCUGUUGAAAGGAGCCACCACGUUCAGCCCCAGAGGUGGCUUUAUUUCAGUGGCAGAUGAAGAUACUUGCAUAUAAAGGUGCUGUUGUAUGGGGCAAAAUGCUGGUCUCAUUGAAGCCUAUGUAAGUUUUGUCACUGACUUCCCAGGGGCCCCUAUUCAGUCUGUGCUGUGCAAAAUGCUUUGGGACCCUUUUGAAUGAAAGAUAAAGAUGGCUAUUUAAUAUCUGUAAUACAGUAGCAUCCCCAGUGCUUCCCCCCUCCCCAAUGGGCCGGGUGCCCUAAGACACGCUGUAGAAACAGGAGAUGAUGGGCAGGAAGGGGACAGUGGGUUAGGAGAGUGCAGGGCGGAACAAGGACAGAGCAGAGCUGUUGCAGCCUUAGGUGGAAAGGGUGGCAGAGUGGCUGUAGGCUUAGGACUGUGGACGGCUGGCAUCAAGGACUUGUUCUGUCACAGACUCCCUGGGUGACCGUGGCCCUCCUUGUGCCUCACUUCCCCAUCUGUAAAAUAAGGACAUAGCCCUGCCUCCCAGGGAGGUUAUGAGGAUUAAACGUGGUAAGUUGCCCAGGUGAUAUGGUAAUGGGGGGGGGGGGUCAUAUACGUACCAGCUCCAAUGGAGAGUGAGAGUCAUACAAGGUACUCACUGAAAAUACUAAACACUGCGGGGGGGGGGGGGGGCGAUUUUCAAAAGUAUCUCAGUGGCUUAGGAGCACAAGGGCUUCUCUAAACCUGGAGCAACUCAGGAACAGCUAUUCAGGAAGACUUCCAUGUGUGGACGCUCUUAUUCACUUUGGAAGUGGGGCAAGUUCAACAGCGCCACCACAUUUGUAGUCUGGACUGAGCGGCUGGCAUUCACAAAGGGGACAUGUGCAUCUAACGGCCCCACUUUGGAGCUGCAUGAAAGGCCCUUGGCCCCGACAUUUUAAGUCCUCAAGGUGCCAACAUUUCCAGUUUUUCAACAGAAACCCCCUCCCCCAACAAAAUUCCAGUUUUCGAUUCAAAACCUCUCAAAACAGAAACACGUGACUGAACAUGGACAACGUGUCACCCAUAAGGGCUGCAAAAUAUUGUUUCUUUUGAUUUUUUUCAUGGAAAAACCCUUCCCCAGCCACUCUACUAAGCCCCUGACGUUGCUUUCAGGAGCUAGGCAGAGCCUUGUAGGCCGUUCAAAAUAUAGACGUGUCAUAUUUUUGAGUGACGCUAGGCUUGGCGAAAGGACAGCCCUGCAGCUGAAAGGCUCCGGUCGAGCACAGAGCAGGGCAGUGGUUGGGCAUCGCCCUUGUGCCUGGGGUGGACUGGCAGCCUGGCAGAUAGGCCCCCCCCCAUCAGUGCCACGGAUGUUUUUUAUGGGGUGGAGAUGGGUCCACUAAGAACUGGACUAAAUCCACCCCCCAUCAGUGCCACAGAUGGUUUUUAUGGGGUGGAGAUGGGUCCACUAAGAACUGGACUAAAUCCACCAAGGCACAGCCUUCCCCUCCCCCCCCAACAGCCAUUGGAUGGGCUAUGUGAGACCAGGAGGGUUCAGGAGGGCCAGCCUGUACCCCUUCCCCCCCAGCAGCUGCUAAAUACAUCCUGCAGCAGGACGUUCCCUUACAUGUUUUUUUCCUCCUUUCGCUGGGCGUUUUGAAGCAAUGCUGAAAGCGGAGGCCUGGCCUGUGUCUGAGGCCUGGUGCUGUGCUCUUUAUGUUGUCCGCACUCAGUGUGUGAGCAGGGGAAGUGUAGGGGUGGGGGGUCCUGGCCCCCUCUAGCCAGCUCCCCAGCGUGAGUCCAGCCUGCUAGCCUUGUCAGCCAGGCCCUGCUCUGCAAAGCUACACAGCGAAAACCACCUCGGGUUUGGGGUUGGCUGGCUUGGGCCUGCUGUGGUGAUUUCCACCCAUGCACCCUGGGUGUGAAAUGCCACAAAGUUGGAACCGCAGCAGUUUCCCCCUUGGCUUUGCAUGGUUUUGAGUGACGCCCCAGGUGCCAAAAAGAGCAAAGUGGGGCCUGCUUCUUGCCCCGAACAAGGCCACUUGCUUUGCCCCCUGCCUGCCUCACUAGCGGUAGACGAGCUAACGCUCCCGCUUCCCUCUCCCUGGGGAGCGGUGGGUUAAUUCGCUUUGGAAGGGGCUUGAGUCACAUGCGUUGCAACUCUUAUUACAAAAAUGAAGCGGGGGGCAAAAUGGGGCUGCUGGGGCACCUUACCGUUGUGGGGCCUGGCAUGCAGCUGACAGGGGCAGCCCCUCAGGCCCGUCCUUGGCACAGGCUGGACAGGCCCCUAGUGGUUGCAGCUAGGAGGGUUUCUGGUUGUAGCAGUGAGGCACCGUGUUGCAAUCCACCCUAGGGUCCAAUUGCUGCACGGGCUAGAGGCAGGACUUUAGCUCCAGAGGGGGCUUGUGCUCCUUGAUCUCAAGGGAAGGGGGCUGGGGCAGGUGGGGUUUCCAGCCUCAGCACCCGUGUCGUGGCUUGAACUUUCCUACCCUCCAGCUGCCUGUCUCGCCCCUUCCAAACAUGGGCUGGUCCAAGGUCUCAAACAGCAGCUGCUGGACCCAACGUGCCCACACCAACCCCAGCUGUGGCACUCAACAGCCUUGAUCCCCUUGCAGAGAUGCUGGCUCCCCUGCAGGGAUGGCAGCUGCAUGGCCCCUGCAUCACUCCCCAAAGGGUUGUGCUGUAACAUGGGGGCAACCCCCCCUUUCCAUCCUGCUGUGUGGGGCCCCCAGCACCUCGCUCUCUGGGACAUCACCACUCACACAACCUUGGCGGGGAAGGCCUUCGUUGUGGCAAACUCAGAGCUGCGGGAGUCAGCUCCAGGCGUAGGUUCAGCCUUGGUAGGGUGGCAAAUUCCCAGCCAGCCCCGGGGCUGCAGCCAUGGGGUUAAACAAGCAAAGGUCUCAUCUCUCCUCCCCCAGGGAAAGAAAGAGCCUGAACCCUCCCUCCCUCAGGAGCCACACACACCAUCCAGUCCGAAUGCUGUAAUUAAUUCAGGGUACAACACACCUGUAGUAACAGGGGACACCUGCAUUACCUCACCAUUUUUGCAGUAACCAUUUGUUUAACUUUAAAACACAACUUCCCCCCGAGCUGUGCUUUCUGUUAACCUAGCAUCCCCUAACUGUUAUCCCCGGCUUCCAUCCUCUUCUGUCGAGCAAUGCGCUGGGUGUUGAGCCGUCCUGUUCUUUGCUACUGGUUUCUUCCCUCACCUGCUGUCUGUAUGUACUAAGGAUGUUAUUUUACUGGGGCACUGGACAGUAUUAAAAUUAAAGCUAUGUAAAUAG